AAUGUUGUCACUCUGCCCUACAUCUGGGUAUUGGGUAUAUAAUUACUUGACUGCAUUGUACAAGGAUCCUAGCAUUUUACUUUUUCAAGUGCUAUAUGGUCAUAUUUGAUUAUUUCCACAUAUCUUAAGAAACAGAGGAAUGGGAUUGGCAGUUAAUGUCCUUGGACUGAUGCUAUUGGUCAGUCCAUACCCAGGUGACUGUACCGAUAUAGGUCAGUUAGAUAUAGAGGUCGUGAUCACUGGAAUGGACAUAGGGAUAUCAUGGAUGAUAAAUACAACAGAAUUAAACAUCUAUGGCUUCAAAGCUGUAGUCUACAAUGAUGAAAAGGAGACACUCCACACUUCAUCAGUCAUUCAAAGUCAAGAGCGGGAAACGACUAUCAGUUAUGAGCUGAAAGGCACUAGCUCAGUGUGUAUCCAAGCCCUGCUGAACAAUACUCUUGUGCUGCAAGAAGCUUGCAAAGAGGUUACGGUAACCGACCUCAAAUUGGUGAUUGGAAUCUUGGCUGGGGCCAUAUUUCUGCUUCCUUGCGUGAUAGUUCUGGCCUACAUCAUAUAUAAGGACAGGAAAAUCUCCAUGUUAGAGAACUACAAACAGUUGGAGGUAAAUUCUGAACAUAGUGUUGAUCCAGAGCAACCAAGUAAAAGCAAAAAGUCUGUAAUUCAAAACUCUUCCGCUGCUACAGGAAAUGUAAAUGUUUCAUACGCAGAUGAGACAGAGCAACAAAGUGACAGCAAGAAGACUGUUAUUGAAGACCCAGUGUCAGCUACAGGAAAUGUUAAGGUCACUUACGCAGAGGUGACAAUGCAGGCAAAAGGGGUGAACAAGGAAGCCAAAGAGGAAUCCAUUACAUCAGAACGUAAGGAUACCAAGGUUCCAAGCCUUUUCAAACCAAGCCUAAGUAAAGAUUUUGCUAUUGAUAACGAAACAAUAGAAAGUGCACAAGCAGAAAAUAAAGAAUCAUCAUCUCAACCUGACACUAACACUAGCAGAGCUUCUAAGAAAAGUAGUUUAUCGAAGUCAACUGUUUCGAAUGACAAGAGAAUCUUUCAGCAGGAACCAGAAAUAUACGUUGUGAGACUUUAACAUGAAAAAUGGUCUCAAAAUUACAUGCCAUAUAGGUAAUCACAAUCAGCCAUAAUUGUGUAAAAAUCUCAUUUAUUCUUAUCUUCAAUUAUAGUCUGAACAGCUUUAGGCAGCUGCACCUAUAUUAUAUAGUUUUUUGUACAGUUUUGGGAAUCAGGUUUAUAGUAAGUUGAUUAUAUUUUGUACAACAGUUUAACACACUGCUAUUUUUCAUUGUGAUGAAUCAGACAUUUCCAAAAGUUGCGGACUGCCUGACCUGACAGACGAUUUGAAGACACGUCCAAUUGAAAUGAUGCUAUGUUGCCAGGACAAAUGUACAAGAAGUUAUUAAAGAGGAAAAGUUUAUUUAUUUAAAAAAAUUUAAACCUGAAAAGAACAAGAGGGCCAAGAUGGCCCUAGUUCGCUCACCUGAGAGGAGUCAGUUCAUUCAAUCUUUACCAAACGUCAAACUUGACCUAGAUAUUGUCCAGACAAACAUCCUGGUCAAGUUUCAUCAUUAUUGAAUCAAAACUCUGGCAUAUGGAGUGUUUUUGUUUUUGUAAGAUUUGACCUGGUGACCUAUAUUUUGAGUUGACCCCCCUUACCAACCAUUAAACUUUGCUUACAAAACUAAAUAUUAUGACCAAGAUUCAUAAAAUCUGAAACAAAAUUGUGACCUCUAGAGUGUUUACAAGGAUUUUGUAUAAUAUAAUGAAAAUUUGGACAAUCUAAGGGCAAUAAUUAUGGCAUUAAUUAUGUGAUAUAUAUAAAACCGAUCUAUGUACCAAGCUUCAUGAUGAUUGGGCAAAAAAUCAGCCAUGUUAUUCAACUGACUGGAACCAUUUUCGAACUCAACUCUCAUAUCAAGGAAACAAAUGUUCUGACCAAAUUUCAUGAAAAUUGGGCCAAAAAUGUGACUUCUAGAGUGUUCACAUGUUUUCACUAUAUGCAUAAAGAGAAAAAUGCCCCGCCCACUGGCGGCCAUGUUUUUUCACCGAUCUGGACCAUUUUCGAACUCGUCCUAGAUAUCAAUAAAACCAAUGUUUUGACCAUCUUUCAUGAUGAUUGGGCAAAAAUUGUGACUUCUAGAGUGUUUACAAGGUUUCUCUAUAGCCAAAUAAGGAAAACUGUCCCCACCCCCCAUGGCAGCCAUGUUUUUCAACUGACCGGAACCAUUUUCGCACUCAACUCUCAUAUCAAGGAAACAAAUGUUUUCACCAAAUUUCAUGAAAAUUGGGCCAAAAAUGUGACUUCUAGAGUGUUCACAUGUUUUCACUAUAUACAUAUAAAGAAAAAUGCCCCGCCAAAUGGCGGCCAUAUUUUUUCACCGAUCUUGACCAUUUUUGAACUCGUCCAAGAUAUCAAUAAAACCAAUGUUUUGACCAACUUUCAUGAUGAUUGGGCAACUUUCAUGAAAAUUGGGCCAAAAAUGUGAAUUCUAGAGUGUUCACAUGUUUUCACUAUAAACAUAUAGAGAAAAAUGCCCCACCCACUGGCGGCCAUGUUUUUUCACCGAUCUGGACCAUUUUCAAACUCGUCCGAGAUAUCAAUAAAACCAAUGUUUUGACCGACUUUCAUGAUGAUUGGGCAAAAAUUGUGACUUCUAGAGUGUUUACAAGGUUUCGCUAUAGCCAAAUAAGGAGAACUACCCCGCCCACUGACCGCCAUGUUUUUCAACGGACCGGAACCACUUUUAAACUCGACCAACAUAUCAUUAAGGCAAACAUUUUCACAAAGUUACAUGAAGAUUGGGCAUGAAAUGUGAUUUCUACAGUGUUUACAAGGUUUUUCUUUUUUUUGACCUAGUGACCUUAUUUUUGACCCAGCAUGACCCAGUUUUGAACUUGAUCGAGAUAUCAUUAGGACAAAUCUUCUGACCAAGUUUCAUGAAGAUCAGACAUGAAAUGUGGCCUCUAGAGUGUUUACAAACCAAAUGUGGACGACCAAAUGAUGGACAGAAGACGGACAAGGACCGGUCACAAAAGCUCACCUGAGCAAUCAGGUGAGCUAAAAAGUCCGCUUAAAUGAAAGACAAUUAGAAAAAAAAGACCUCUUAUUUUCUGUUUACAUUCAAGAUAUGUUAUUCAGCAUGCGCACCCUAAACUGGUCUUAUAUACUGUACUUGGUUAUCGAAAUUUAAUUUGAUCCUAGUUCCGCUGAGUUUUUUCUUUAAUGAGUUUUCUAUGCAAAAUUGGAGGUUGCCUAACCCGGGCAGAAAAGUCCUAUACCACCAACACAACUAGAGAAACAAGGCUAUUGUCAAGCAAUAUGGUCCCCUACCGGCCUCAAAAUUUGUCAGAAAUUCCACCAUUUUCAUAAAAUAUAUUAUUUGUUUUGGUUGCCAUAGCAACCACAAUUUUUGACAUAGGAACAAAAUGAAAUCACGUGCAUAAUGUCCAUAUUGCCAUCUAUCCAUGUUGCAAGUUUCAUGAAAAAAUAUUAAGAACUUUUAAAGUUAUCGCAGCAUCCAGAAAACCACCAUUUUCAGCAGUACUUCUAGUUUAUUUGUUGCCAUAGCAACCAGAAUUUUUGACGUGCAUAAUGUCCAUAUUGCCAUCUAAUAAAAUAUUAAGAACUUUUUUUUCGCAGGAUCCAGAAAGGUGUGACAGACAGACUAACAGACAGACAGAUGGACAGACAGACAGAUGGACAGACACACAGAGCGCAAACCAUAAGUCCCCUCCGGUGAAAUCGCUAGGGGACAAAAAUGAUCGUUCUAAAAUAGCUGCGUCCUUUUGAAUUUUUGGUUAUGAAAGUACACAAGAUGUGAUUGGUUAGAAAAUUUCUCCAAACUUUUAACAAUAGUGUUGUUCACUAGCCAUGAUUAGCAGAAGUGAAGGAUGUUACUACCCCUGUUUAAAAAACAGUUGUAACAAGGGCUGUUUGUAAAACAUGCAUGCCCCCCCCCCCCCCAUAUGGGCUGUCAGUUGUACUGGCAGCCAUUGUGUGAAUAAGUUUUUUGUCACUGACCUUGACCUUUGACCUAGUGACUUGAAAAUCAAUAGGUGUCAUCUGCCAGUCAUGAUCAAUAUACCUAUGAAGUCUCAUGAUCCUAUGCCUAAUUAUUCUUGAGUUAUCAUCAGGAAACCAUUUUACUGUUUCGAGUCACUGUGACCUUGACCUUUGACCUAGUAACCUGAAAAUUAAUAGGGGUCAUCUGCCUGUGAUGAUCAAUGUAUCUAAGAAGUUUCAUGAUCCUAGGCGUAAGCAUUCUUGAGUUAUCAUCCGGAAACCAUUUUACUAGUUCGAGUCACUGUGACUUUGACCUUUGACCUAGUGACCUAAAAAUCAUUAGGGGCCAGCCAGUCAUGAUCAAUGUUCCUAUGAAGUUUCAUGAUCCUAGGCGUAAGCAUUCUUGAGUUAUCAUCCGGAAACCAUUUUACUGUUUAGAGUCACUGUGACCUUCACCUUUAACCUAGUGACCUGAAAAUCAAUAGGGGUCAUCUGCCAGUCAAGAUCAAUGUACCUAUGAAGUUUUAUGAUCCUAGGCAUAAGCAUUCUUGAGUUAUCAUCUGUAAACCAUUUUACUGUUUAGAGACACUGUGACCUUGACCUUUGACCUAGUGACCCGAAAAUCAAUAGGGGUUAUCUUCCAGUCAUGAUCAAUGUACCUAUGAAAUUUCAUGAUCCAAGGCCUAAGCAUUUUUUAGUUAUCAUCCGGAAACCAUUUUACUAUUUCGAGUCACUAUGACCCUGACCUUUGACCUAGUAACCUGAAAAUCAAUUGGGGUCAUCUGCCAGUCAUGAUCAAUCUACGUAUGAAGUUUCAUGAUCCUAGGCCAAAGCUUUCGUGAGUUUCCAUCCGGAAACCAUCUGGUGGACAAACCGACGGACGGACGGACUGACCGACAAGAGCAAAACAAUAUACCCCCUCUUCUUUGAAGGGGGUCAUAUUAACCUAUAUGGAAUGCUUUGCUCAUAAAAUGAGUUGUGUUCUAAGAAAACUGGGCGUAAUGCAUGUGCGUUAAGUGUCGUCCCAGAUUAGCCUGUGCAGUCCGCACAGGCUAAUCAGGGAUGACACUUUCCGUCUAAAUUGGAUUUUUGCUAAGAAGAGACUUCAUUUAAACGAAAAAUGGCAUAAAAGCAGAAAGUGUCGUCCCUGAUUAGCCUGUGCAGACUUCACAGGCUAAUCUGGGACGACACUUUACGCACAUGCAUUAUGCCUAGUUUUCUUAGAGCGCGACUCAUAUAUUUCCCUGCCUUAUUAACGCAGCAAGCUUAUUAGUAAGUCAGCAAUUUACUGUAUUACAUGCUGUAAGAAAAUAAAAAAUUGUAUUUUUUCUUUAACCCAAUAUUUAUUAUUGUCAUUUAUGUACCGUUAAAUAUGAAAUAAAUGUACUUUUUUUUGUCUGUUAAUGCUGAUUUCUGUUCACAUGUACAGUUUAUUAUAAAAUGAAUAUACUUAGUGUUUUGCCUGUUUCCACUGAUUUUUGUUAAUACGUUGCUUAUAUGAACACACAACACUCUCACGCAUAGUGAAUGAUUAUUUGUAUUACUAAUUUUGUUCACACAUGUAUGGUUUAUAAUAUGGAUCACGAUGAGCUGUUAUAUGCUUAAGUGAAUAAAAUAUUUGUUCUGUU